AUGCGUUGGCGCGUGCUACUCAUUCCUCUGCUGCCGUGUGCCCUGGCGUUGCCAUGGGACCCCAAUCAGUUGACAUCGCAGCAGAUCCGGAACAUCGCCUGGGGGUCGGGAACCUGUGACCAUGGGAGGUAUCCGUCUGAGUGUGUUACUGCAGACGCCGCUGCAGCAUAUAUCCGCAACGCCUUCGUGCGUUAUGAGAUCUCAUCACCGGAGCAGCAAGCGGCCGUGAUUAGUGUGAUGGCAUACGAGUCGGAGGAUUUUAAACUCAGCCGAGAUCACGAACCCGAUGUGAUUGGGACAGAGACCCGUAAUAUGCAAUCCGCAUCCUUCAAUCAGCAGUAUGCCGCGUCGAUACCGGAGCUGAACCGUUUCACACGGGUGUGCAACGAUUCCAGCCUCAUCUUGGAUCUUCUCGUGUCUGAACCAAGGUGGGACUUUGGCUCGGCCGCAUGGUUCUUGACCACACAGUGCACCCAAGAGCAACGCGCACGCUUGAAGACUGGAUCCGACAAGGCAUGGGAAGACUAUGUGGUGAACUGUCUUGGCCACCCAGUGACGCCGGAGAGGAGAGAAUACUGGAAUCGUGCGAUCUACGAGCUUGUGCGAAGCAAGUGA